AUGAAAUUACUUGAAAAUGAUGAAGAUUGUAAUGUUAUUAUUUACGUAGGCGAAAAUAAAAAUGAGAAGGAAAUACAAACACAUUCAUGUAUUUUACGUAUUAGGUCUCAAUAUUUUCGUACAGCAUUCUCCAUGAAUAAGAAGGAUGGAAAAUUUAUUGAAAUUAUUUUAUACUCUGUAUCAUCUCCCUGUGGAGCAUUCUUAGCAUUAAACAGAACGAGUUUUCGCGCCAUUAAUGAAGUAUUGGCAACUAGUGCGAAUUCAAUUUUGCGUCAACAAGAUCAAGGCCAUAAAGAUGUUGAAAAAGCUUGGAUCAUUCCAUCAAAGAAAAAGAAUUUUAAUAAUUUUAUUUCAAUGGAGACAGCACAAAAUAAUAUUCCAAUGGGACAAACAAUGACGGGAGUCAUACAAAAAUGGGAGCUGAGCAAAAUUGACUCUAUAACGACAGAUCUUCACCAGAAUUACCACCAAAUUUCUAUCCCACGUGAUCAUGAAGCUACGGAUAUUAUAGAAGUAUUUCGUGAAAAUAAAGAUGCAACGAAGAAACAAGAAUAUUCUCCAACGUCAGGAUGGUAG